AUGACGGUUCAGAACACGGCGAGCGUGGAGGUGGUGUUGGUCCUGCUGAUGCUUCAGAAGGGAGAGGCCAGUGCAGGGCAAUUGGCAGAAGUGACUAUUGCCACCAAGACCACUGAGACCAAGGUGGAGAAAAAGCUGAAUGCAAAGCCCCGGGCAACUGUUGUCAAGACAGUUGGAGGAGACAAGAAUGGAGGCUCUUGUGUUGUCAAGCUACGCAAAAUGCCUCGCUGCUACCCCACAGAGGAUGUUCCCUGUAAGAUGAAGAGUCACGGGAAGAAGCCUUUCAGUCAGCACAAGAGGAAGCUGCGCAGCUCCAUCACCCCAGAAACUGUCCUCAUUCUGCUUACUGGUCGCCACCGUGGAAAGCGUGUGGUGUUCCUGAAGCAGCUCUCAAGUGGUCCCCUGCUCGUCACUGGCCCUCUUGCCGUGAACAGCAUGAACAGCUCUGAAGUUAUUACCGUAAUACAGCUGUUCUGGUAA